AUGAAAUUAAGCAAAUGGGCGUCGAACUUUGAAGAACUGCAGGAUAUGUUUGUGGAAGCCAAGGUUAGCCGGAUUGACGAGGAGAAGUCCCUGAGCGAGCCUGCUCAGACAAAAGUCCUUGGAGUGGUCUGGGACAGGAAGAUGGACAGAUUCCGGUUUUCAGUUGAGCAUCUCAUAGAAGUCAUCGCGGGAAUGAUGGACAACAAGCGGUCCAUAUUAAGAGCUUCAGCGAGAUUGUUUGAUCCCCUGGGAUUCCUGUCACCAUAUAUAAUUCGAGUGAAGAUUCUUUUCCAAGAGCUUUGGAAGGCGAAGCUGGACUGGGACACGAAGCUGCCUGAGGAACUGGCGAAGAUAUGGCACGCGUGGUGUGCCGAGUUAAAAGAUCUGCGUAAGGUCUCCGUAGAGCGAUGUCUACUUCCAUGCAGUGGAGUAACGCAUACUAUACAACUCCAUGUAUUUACAGAUGCCAGCCCACUCGCCUAUGGGGCAUGUGCCUUCAUCCGAAUCACCAGCGAGACUGGCGAAACUAAAGUCCGUCUACAGUUUGCAAAAUCACGCGUAGCACCACUGAAGAAGAUAACACUACCACGGCUCGAAUUGAUGGGGGCCUUAAUUGGUGUACGCAUUGCAAAGUUUUUGAAUCAGGCUUUAGGUGGACUAAUCACUGAGUCUAUCUUUUGGACCGAUUCAAAGAUCACACUGAGCUGGAUUCAGGGCGACGCAAGCAGGUGGAAGCCGUUUGUGCGGAACAGAGUUGUAGAAAUUCAAGAGAACAGCCAUCAUCAACAAUGGAAGCAUUGUCCCGGUUCUGAGAAUCCCGCAGACGCAGUGACCAGAGGACUCACAGUAAGAGCAUUGACGAAAAGCAAGCAAUGGUUUGAGGGCCCCGACUGGCUUUCAAAUCCAGCGCAGACUGGCCACAGCACGACGUAA